ACAGCAAAGGGAACAAAUGUUGGCCACGCCGACGGCUGCCUGAGAGGCUGGGCGUUGGGAGGAAUACCCUCGGGUGAAUAUGGGCGGGCAGGCAGGCUCGGUUGUUCUUGUUGUUGUAUACACUAUCUUAUUAGCUUGUUCAUGGUUGGCACUGGCGUAAUGAAGUACUCUGCUUAACCAAAGCAUACCCAUAUUUCCAGCUGACACCGUCCAUUGAGUUUUACUGUGGUUCGCUAUUUUUAAAGUGACUCUUAACCGGAAUGUUUAUAAUUGAGUAGCAUAUUUUAUGCUGUCUAGACGCUGCGACUAAUAUUUAAGCUCCACACACUGUCCGGACUAUGGCAGUCCAGCGACAGCGCCCCCACGCGGCUGGGCUCUGUUUGCUGCUGUGCCUCUUCGCCGGUGCUCUGUCCAUCCCGGACCCCAGACUGAGAGAGGCUCUGAUACAGCUGGAGGCCUCCAUGCAGACAGGUGGGGAGAUGGUGCUGACUGACGCUGAGCAGCGUCUGGAUGCUCGUCUGUGUAAACUGAAGCAGGAGGAGAUGGUGAGAGCAGACUUCCCUCCAGCCAUGCACUUCUUCAAGGCUAGGGACCUCAUCAGGACCAGUCCCAUGUUCAGUCUGCUGCAGAAGAUGCCUAAAGGGGGAGCUCUCCAUGUCCAUGACUUCUCCAUAGUUGAUACAGAGUGGCUGGUAAAGAACGUCUCUUAUCGGCCACACUGCUACAUGUGCUUCACUGACAACCAGUCAGUGAGAUUCACUUUCCUGUCUCGAUGGCCCAAACGUCUCCCACAUUGCUCUCCCUGGACUCUGCUGGAAAACCUCAGGGCCCAGACGAUCAACGUCACAGAUCUAGACAACAGCAUCAUGGGCAACCUGACACUCUUCACUCAGCAGGAUCCAGAAACUGUGUACCCCAGCCAGGAUGCAGUAUGGGACAGGUUUGAACAGACCUUCCUUGCACUGUGGGGUCUGGUCACAUAUGCUCCUGUAUUCAGAGACUAUUAUUACCGAGGCCUUACCCAGUUCUACAUGGAUAAUGUCAUGUAUCUGGAACUGCGAGCUUUACUCCCAGGGAUAUAUGAGUUGGAUGGCAGCACUCAUGACACAGCCUGGACUCUGAAGACCUACCAGGAGAUCACCAGACAGUUCACAGCAGACCACCCAGACUUCUUUGGAGCAAGAGUCAUCUUCACUGUCCAUAGGGGAGUGAAUAUAUCCGUGAUGACUGCAGCUGUGGAGGAGGCUAUGAAGCUGCAGAGGGACUUCCCAGAUAUCAUGGCUGGCUUUGACCUGGUUGGCCGCGAGGACAGAGGCAGACCCCUGUGGUACUUCAGAGAUGCCUUGUCACUUCCUGUAGAGAGAGGAGUCACACUUCCUUUCUUUUUCCAUGCUGGAGAGACGGAUCUUGAGGGCACAGAGGUCGACCAGAACUUGCUGGAUGCUCUUUUGCUGAACACUUCACGCAUUGGCCAUGGAUUUGCUCUGCUUCGCCACCCAGUGGCCAAAGACAUAUCGAGGAAACGAGAGGUGGCUGUGGAAGUAUGCCCCAUCUCCAACCAGGUGCUGAAGUUGGUAAAUGAUCUGCGAAAUCAUCCAGCAGCUGCUCUGAUGUCAGAGAGCCACCCUGUGGUCAUCAGUGCUGAUGACCCUGCCAUGUUCGGUGCCUCUGGCCUCUCUUAUGACUUCUACGAAGCUUUUGUGGGCUUCGGUGGGCUUAGAUCCCACAUAGGCUCUCUGAAACAGCUGGCCAUAAACUCUAUCAGGUAUAGUUCUUUGACUCGAAAGCAACAGGAGAAAGCACUGGCCCUCUGGCAGAGAAGAUGGGAUAAGUUUGUCUCUGAAAAUGCCUUUUAGAAAUAAAGCUGUAACAUUGUUUAAACGCCGUCUUUAGGGGAAUCUUUGAAUGCCUUUAUGUUUCUCUGAGAAAGGAAUUACUAUUGGCAUAUGUGAAAUAUAAAUGGAAGAUAAACAGUGCUGCACAGAUGAGCAGUUUAAUGGUAGGAGCAAAUAUGGGACAAUAAGACAGCACUGGGGUAAAUAAUAAAAUGAAUGGUGAGCUGACCAGUGUGAACCAGAUCUGGGCUGUUUAUGUAUGACAAGUUUUAUAAGUAUUUGCACUUAAAGGUUCAGGUUUGCCUACUUUUUGGGGACAAUACAGGUAUCAAGUGCUGUUUGAUUUCUCUUUGUAGUGUGUUGGUGGCUUGCUUCUGCUUUGUAAAAGUGCAUUACGUCGUUUGUUAAGAUGGGAACAAAAUCCUGUAGGCUCCGAAACAAUGCAUUUGAGAGACAUAAUAAAUGUGUUACAUAGUCUUAUAGGGUCUUUCACUUAAAUGUGAAUUGUUUUAGAUUUUAAUCUGUAAUGGAUUUAUACAUGGGCUUAGCUGACCUUUGCUCCGAGAGGCACCUUUCAUUUUUGGAUUGAAGCAAGAACAAAGAUUCUUUAAUGAUCAUUGUGAGAAUUAUCUAGAUGUAUUUAAAUGCUGUGAAAUGUCUAAACAAAUUUUGAUGUAACUAAAGACAACUGUUGAUUGA